CUGUUGUGUUGAGAGAAAAGGAACUGUGACGCAGCGCAUAGAUAGCUGGUAGUGUUAGUUGUGGUCAUUGUGGACGACUAUGUUAUGGCAUCUAUGUCCAGAACGUCGUCCGAUGAAAGCAUCAACGCACCUAAUCUAAGAUUUAACGUGUCUAGUUCAAGUGAAGAUGUUUACAGGGAUUCCACCAAUCACACAAACCCAGCCGAAUUACUGGGUUUGAGGUAUCGUUGCCCACUGUGUAGCAAAUCACAACAUCACUAUAAUUUCCAUUGCUGUUCCUGUGUUCGCAAUGGUAAUAUUGUACACAGCAAUGUGGCUGGUUGUACACAAAAGGAAAAUUUAUUCGAGAAACAACAAAAAUACAUUAAAAUAAAAGGUGGUCUCAAGGACUUGAAUAGUCGCUAUGAAAAGUAUAUGCGCGAGCAACGUUCCAGCGAAAAUUUGCAAAGCGAAAUUAAACGGAAGAAGCAAAGGAUUCAACUGCUUAACCGUUUAGUAACAGAAAAGCAAGUAUUUUUGACGAAACGCAAAGAGCAAAGGGAUCUAUUGUGUAAAGGAAAUUUCGACAAACGCAAAAAGUUGCCAAAUUAUCCGAUAAAGGUAAAAACUUUAGGCGACUAUGUCUUUGAUAAAUACGUGGAGAUCAACAAACUGCGUGAGCAGCAUACAGGUCUAUUGGAUAAGGUGCAGCAAGGAACACGUCGUAAUAUCAAUGAACUUGUGAAAUACGUAUUUCCAAUUACGGAAGUAGUGUUGAAAAAUGAAAAACGAUUCAAUCCCAUUGCUGGCAUUGCGCGAGGAACCGACAAGUGUGGAGCCACUAGUAAAAAUGAUUGCGAAACUAUGGAGCAAUUGGCAGAUGCUAAGAAUACCUCUUAUAUACGCGGUAAAUGGGUGUUUCACGGUAGUGGAAUUAGCGAGAUGCAAUAUCUUAUUGUAGCACCUUCACUCCCAGCUAAUGGCGAUUAUACAGCCUAUCUAGAUUGGCUAUCUGACAGCAAAGACGAUGUACCGAAGAAUGAGGGUAAUCAAGUUGCACCAAGCCGUAUUAGCGCAUUCCGCAUUAUUGGCGCUCUCACAUACACAACACAACUGACAGAGCUGCUGAGUUUCUACCUGAAUGUGCGUUUGCCGUAUAAAAUGUCGUAUGGUGACUUUUGCCGUAAACUCAACGAAGAGCAAUUUUUGCGCAAAGUAUCGCGUUUAAAUUCAAAUAUCAUGUACCUCGCCUAUACACAACAGGUGCAAUUACGAAACCUGAAUGAAAAUCAUACGCUGGAGAACAUUUUGGCCAUUUUAGAUGUGGAGAAAAGUAAUUUAGGACGCCAUGGAUUCUAUGAAAUAUCGAAUGCACCAUUAAUGAAAUCGGUGGAUUCGUUGCUGAAAGGUAUUGAAACGGCUACUGAAUCGGAAUCGGAAGAUGAAAAUUCUCUACGCUCGGGUUGGGAAGCAGUGCCGAAUUUCCCAAACGGGCAAGAUAUUGAUGAUACAGAUUUAGUCGUAAACGUCGCUGCACAACAAACAAGCCUUGCGGGUGGUCUAAUAACUUCUGUAGCAAAUCGAAUAACGGAAAUAUUUGGAAUGCGGAGAUAGGACUUAAUUGGCUUUUAGGGUUAAACUUGUUUAUUUUUUAAUAACAAAGUAAAGAAAAAAAAUAAACCUUAAUUACGCUCAUGGAUAAGAAGGUAUCCAUAUAUAUUUUUGUCUUUGCAUACACGUACCUACACUCCUACAACACUUACAUAUAUACAUGACUAAAGCUAAAUAUAAUUAAUUAAAAUUUAUGUAUCAAACAAGUUUAUUACUUAUUUUAUUGGUCAAUAGAGACGAAGUCAGAAUAAUUGCUCAUUGCAACUAGAAAAUCAAGAAAAAAGAAUUCGAACAUAAAGAAAAAAUGACAGUUCGACGCCAUGCUGACAGCUGCUGAAAAUUUGAAGUCUUUGCGAUCGUCAACAAAUGUUCAAAAAUGUGAACAUACCUAUUUGUAAAGAUUCGUAUCCUUUAGUGAAGAAACUCCUUAUCCUCAAUUUAACAAAAAAAUGAUAUUUAGUGUUCAUAAUAGGUUUUAUUUGAAAUUUGUAUAGCUGACCUUUUACCUUAUGAGAAUCGAUAAUUGUUAUAUUCUUUGAACUAAAAAUUAGUUUAAUUAAUAAUCACAAAUUACGUGCGUGCUCACCCACGUACUUCGAUCAUACUUUAAAUGUAUACACUAUGGCAGGUGUGUAGCACAACGAUGUUCGUUAAUGGAUUAGCCUCCCAAUUAUGUGUGCCUACCAAUGCUUAUGCUUUCAAUCUUAGACAAAUCGCCGAAUUUCAAUUUUUUCAAACAUUUAAUAUGUGACUACUUAUGAGUUGCACACUUUUAGCUUAAAGGUGAAACUAAUAAAUAAAAGGCUUUUUAGCUAAUAUCAUG